AUGACUGUGCAGAUUGGUGUGUGUGUAUGUGGGGCUGGAAGCCAUUUGCAGAAUAAUAAGUCUGGAGCUUGCCCUGGUCCUCUGCUUUGAGAAUGAGCUUCCAGCCAACCCCUGGGCAGGGUGUGGAAGGCCCUGAGACAGCUCUUAUUUGUUAGCAGCCUGCCCUGCCCUUUGUUUCAGGAGGAGCAGAGGGAGAAGCAGGAGGACUGAGGGAAGGAGACGAUUGCUGCAUUGAGCAGGCCUGAAGCUAACAAAGGAGCCUGCAGUGUCCUGGGAUCUCCGGUUUAACCUCUCGCUGAAUCCUCCUCACAUCCCAUUGUGAUAACUUGCACAGGCAGGUGAGCCGCGAGUGAGGAUCCUUGGGACUCCCGGUCGCUAGUUCGGGUUUGGAGUCCAUUCAAAUACGCAACACUAACCCGUCAUCCAGGCAGACGGGGGGACAUUCGACCCUGGGAGGCGUCGCGCAGCCCUCGAAGAUGGAGCCGGAGAGGGAGGAGGAGGAGGAGACGGAGAGGCUGCAGACGGGAGGUGGAGAGGAGGACGAGGACGAGGACGAGGAGGAGGAGGACGGCGGCGGGCCCUUCGGCCUGGUGGUGCCACCCCCUCCCUGCCACUGCGCGGUGUGCGAGAAGGGCUUCAGCUGCCGCUCUCACCUGGAGCGCCACCUGCGGGUGCACACGGGCGAGCGCCCGUUCGAGUGCGCAGUGUGCGGCAACCGUUUCAACCGCGCCAGCAACCUGCGGCGACACCAGCAGCACCGAGCGGCAGCCGGGGGCCAGGGCCCGCUGGAGUGCCAGUUGUGCCACCGUCUCUUCUGCGUAACGGGGGACCUGGUGCGCCACCGGAGGGCUCAUGCCGGGGAGCGCCCCUUCGAGUGCGGGGUAUGCGGUAAGCGCUUCUGUCGGCUAGCGGUGCUGGAGAUUCACCAGCGGUACCACACCGGCGAGCGGCCGUACCAGUGCCCGCUCUGCUCCAAGCGCUUCUACACCUCCAGCGAGCUGAACCGCCACCAGCGGACCCACACGGGAGACAGGCCGUACCCGUGCCCGCUCUGCUCCAAGCGCUUCUACACGGCCAGCAAGCUGGCCGUCCACCGGCAGAUUCACACCGGCGACAGGCCCUACCCGUGCCCCGAGUGCCCCAAGCGCUUCUACACCGCGGGCAAGCUGCGCAGGCACCAGAGGACCCACGGACCCGCCAGCCAGUUCAUCUGUGGCGUUUGCGGCAAGACCUUCACCCGCACCAGUCAUCUCACCAACCAUCAGCGCACCCAUCGCUGAGGGUGUGCGGGCACCACUGUCGGUGCGGGGCGGGGGCCUUCCGGACUCGGACAUCCGCCGCCGUAGCCCCUCGGCGAGGAGGGAAGGAGAGCGCGAGGGAGGGUACAGGACUCCCUCCUCCUGAGCUUGCGCUCGCGUGCUCUGUCUCUCUCUGUCUGUCUGUCUCUCACCCUCUCUCUCUGUGUCUCCCUCUCUCUCUGUGUCUCCCUCUCUCUCUGUGUCUCCCUCUCUCUCUGUGUCUCCCUCUCUCUCUGUGUCUCCCUCUCUCUCUGUGUCUCCCUCUCUCUCUGUGUCUCCCUCUCUCUCUGUGUCUCCCUCUCUCUCUGUCUCUCCCUCUCUCUCUGUCUCUCCCUCUCUCUCUGUCUCUCCCUCUCUCUCUGUCUCUCCCUCUCUCUCUGUCUCUCCCUCUCCCUCUGUCUCUCCCUCUCCCUCUCUCUCUGUCUCUCUCUCUCUCUCUCUCUCUCUCUCUCUCUCUCUCUGUGUCUCUCUCCACCAGGCCAUGAUUUUCUCACAUUUUUUCCCCAUUUCUGGGGAACCAUUUCAAUGUAAAUAACCAUCCAAUGCCUCUCCACUGAAGCAUCCCUCGACAGAACCUGCCUCCAAAAGAAUUCCAGGCAGUACGUUCUGCACCAUCUCCAUUCACUGUAUGAAAAAGUGUUCUCUCAUAACACAAUUCAUUCAUUUGAAGAUCAUUUUAAAUAUACGCUGAACAAAGAAAAUUACAGCACAGGAACAGGCCCUUCGGCCCUCCAAGCCUGCGCCGAUUGAGACCUUCUACCUAAGCCCACCAUCUAUUUUCGAAGGGUCUGUGUCCAUUUGCUCCCCGCCCAUCCAUGUACCUGUCCAAAUAUAUCUUAAAAGACACUAACAUGUCUGCGUUUACCACCUCCGCUGGCAAUGUGUUCCAGAUGCCCACCACCCUCUGCGUAAAGAACUUUCCACGCAUAUCUCCCUUAAACUUUCCUCCUCUCACUUUGAACUCAUGACCCCUAGUAAUUGAGUCCCCCACUCUGGGAAAAAGCUUUUUGCUAUCCACCCUGUCUAUACCCUUCAUGAUUUUGUAGACCUCAAUCAGGUCCCCCUCAAUCUCCGUCUUUCUGAUGAAAAUAAUCCUAAUCUAUUCAACCUCUCUUCAUAGCUAGCACCCUCCAUGCCAGGCAACAUCCUGGUGAACCUCCUCUGCACCCUCUCCAAAGCACCCACAUCCUUUUGGUAAUGUGGCGACCAGAACUGUACACAGUACUCCAAGUGUGGCCGAAACAAAGUCCUAUACAACUGCAACAUGACCUGCCAACUCUUGUACUCAAUACCCCGCCCAAUGAAGGAAAGCAUGCCAUAUGCCUUCUUGACCACCCUAUUGACCUGCGUUGUCACCUUCAGGGAACAAUGGACCUGAACACCCAGAUCUCUCUCUUCUUCAAUUUUCCCUAGGACUUUUCCAUUUACUGUAUAGUUCGCCCUCGAAUUGGAUCUUCCAAAAUGCAUCACCUCGCAUUUGCCCGGAUUGAACUCCAUCUGCCAUUUAUCUGCCCAACUCUCCAGUCUAUCUAUAUUCUGCUGUAAUCUCUGACAGUCCCCUUCACUAUCUGCUGCUCCACUAAUCUUAGUGUCAUCAGCAAACUUGCUGAUCAGGCCACCUACACCUUCCUCCAGAUCAUUUACAUAUAUCACAAACAACAGUGGUCCCAGCACAGAUGCCUGUGGAACACCACUGGUUACAGGUCUCCAAUUUGAGAAACUCCCUUCUACUAGAACUCUCUGUUUCCUGUUGCCUCGCCAGUUUUUUAUCCAUCUAGCUAGCACACCCUGGACCCCAUGUUACUUUACUUUCUCCAUCAGCCUGCCAUGGGGAACCUUAUCAAAUGCCUUACUGAAGUCCAUGUAUAUGACAUCGACAGCCUUUCCCUCAUCGAUCAACUUUGUCACGUCCUCAAAGUCCUCCCGCACUUUACUGUUCCUUUCAGAAGUUGAGAGGGCUUCUCACUAUCACCUCUGUCCAGUACCCGAAUCAUGAUUUUGAAAACAUUUAUCUGAAUUCCUGCUGAGGAUAACAGCCCCUGAUACUUUGAUCUCUCCUCAUCCCUGAAGUUUGUCAGUCCUGGACCAGUCCUCGUAAAUCACUUCUACAUCUCUGUCUCUCCCUCCUGUGUCUGUGUCUGUCUCUCUCUCUCUCUCUCUAUGUGUGUGUGUGUGUGUGUCUUAUUUGCUCUCUUUUAUUCGCUUACUGUCUCUCUGUUAUUUGCUGUCUUUUAUGUGCUCUCUCUUACUCUCUCUCAUUCCGACUCUCGUUUGCGCUCUGUCCCCACCCCCCACCCUGCGGUGCUCGCUGUCUCUCGCUGGGUGCAUGGGGAGCAGUAACCUUCAAUAAAUUGUGAAGGGAAGAUA